CCCUUUGGUCACAGAAGGCCUCAUUGAAAAUGGAGGGGACUCAAGCAAGAAAAGAAAGAGAACAAAUGCUCCUUCAGAAAUGACUAGAGAGCUAAGUCUACGGUUCAGGACCACACAAUGCAAAGAGAUUUUAGAUGGCUGUGGGUCUAUGCAAUAGACAAUGCAGUAGGCUAGAAGACACUUAUUCAUGACUACUCUACAACCUUUGACCUCCUAAGGAGUUGUCACAAAGCAGAGUUGGAAACCAGCAUGCCAGAACAUGUUCUUCAGACUUAGGGAAGCUGAUAAUAAUAGAGCUCUGAAUGUAGAUUCCACUGCAAUGACGCUACCUAUGUCUGAUCCAACUGCAUGGACCACAGCAAUGAAUAAUCUUGGAAUGGCACCGCUGGGAAUUGCUGGACAACCAAUUUUACCUGACUUUGAUCCUGCUCUUGGAAUGAUGACUGGAAUUCCACCAAUAACUCCAAUGAUGCCUGGUUUGGGAAUAGUGCCUCCACCAAUUCCUCCAGAUAUGCCUGUAGUAAAAGAGAUCAUACACUGCAAAAGCUGCACACUCUUCCCUCCCAACCCAAAUCUGCCACCUCCUGCCACCCGAGAAAGACCACCAGGAUGCAAAACUGUAUUUGUGGGCGGUCUGCCUGAAAACGGGACAGAGCAGAUCAUUGUGGAGGUGUUCGAACAGUGUGGAGAAAUCAUUGCUAUCCGGAAGAGCAAAAAGAACUUCUGUCACAUUCGCUUUGCUGAGGAGUACAUGGUGGACAAAGCCCUUUAUCUGUCUGGUUACCGAAUUCGCCUGGGCUCUAGUACUGACAAGAAGGACACAGGUCGGCUCCACGUUGACUUUGCACAGGCACGGGAUGACCUGUACGAGUGGGAGUGUAAGCAGCGUAUGCUAGCAAGAGAGGAGCGCCACCGGAGACGGAUGGAAGAAGAAAGACUGCGUCCACCAUCCCCACCCCCAGUGGUCCACUACUCAGAUCAUGAAUGCAGCAUUGUUGCUGAAAAACUAAAAGAUGAUUCCAAAUUCUCAGAAGCAGUGCAGACCCUGCUCACCUGGAUAGAACGAGGAGAGGUGAAUCGUCGUAGUGCCAACAACUUCUACUCCAUGAUCCAGUCAGCCAACAGCCAUGUCCGCCGCCUGGUGAAUGAGAAAGCUGCCCAUGAAAAAGACAUGGAAGAAGCAAAGGAGAAGUUCAAGCAAGCCCUGUCUGGAAUUCUCAUCCAGUUUGAGCAGAUAGUAGCAGUGUACCAUUCCGCCUCCAAACAGAAGGCAUGGGACCACUUCACAAAAGCCCAGCGUAAAAACAUCAGCGUUUGGUGCAAACAAGCUGAGGAAAUCCGCAACAUUCAUAAUGAUGAAUUAAUGGGAAUCAGGAGAGAAGAAGAAAUGGAAAUGUCCGAUGAUGAAAUAGAAGAGACGACAGAAACAAAAGAAACUGAGGAAUCAGCCUUAGUAUCACAGGCAGAGGCUCUCAAAGAAGAAAAUGACAGCCUUCGUUGGCAGCUAGAUGCCUAUCGCAAUGAGGUAGAACUACUCAAGCAAGAACAAGGCAAAGCCCACAGAGAAGAUGACCCAAGCAAGGAACAGCAGCUGAAACUCCUGCAACAGGCCCUACAAGGAAUGCAGCAGCAUCUCCUCAAAGUCCAAGAAGAAUACAAAAGGAAAGAAGCUGAACUUGAAAAACUCAAAGAUGACAAAUUACAGGUGGAAAAAAUGUUGGAAAAUCUUAAAGAAAAGGAAAACUGUGCUUCUAGACUCUGUGCAUCAAACCAAGAAAGUGACUACCCUCUUGAGAAGACCAUGAAUGGCAGUCCUAUCAAAUCUGAACGUGAAGCACUGCUAGUGGGGAUUAUCUCUACAUUCCUUCAUGUUCACCCAUUUGGAGCAAGCAUUGAAUACAUUUGUUCCUACUUGCACCGUCUUGAUAAUAAGAUCUGCACUACUGAUGUGGAAUGCCUCAUGAGCAGACUCCAGCACACCUUCAAGCAGGAAAUGACAGGAGUUGGAGCCAGUCUGGAGAAGAGAUGGAAAUUCUGUGGCUUUGAGGGCUUGAAACUGACCUGAGUCUCUUUGCCUACCAACUUGGGAUCCUGAAAAUAAGUAUGUGUUGGACAAGCUUACGAAGUGAUUUGUAUUUUCAAUGAUUUUCAAGUGGAAGUUGCUUUAAAUUUCUCAGUUCAUUCCUGGAAUAUCUUUUGAGUUGAAAUAAGGAUCCUAGAACAUCACCUCCAGCUACAGGCUCUAAGAAGAAAUUGCCUCAAAAUUCAAGUGCUGUAACUCCCUCCCCUUUCUGGCAAUUGGUUGUCUUUCCUUGUUAGUAGAAUUGAAAAAGUCCUGAGACUAAAAAGUAUUUGGAGUGUUUUCAGUAUCUGUACUACUGUUCUAGACCUUGGUAUUUUUGUUAAGAAAAAAAACCUGUUACCUGAAAUGUUUUAAUGAUUUGUAUGUGAUUUGUGUUUCCAAACUUUUCACGUUAAUGUUGCUGCUACUGGCAAUAGGAGUAAGAGGAGCGCUAGGUACUCUGUGUAACUGCCAUUGUCUUUCUAAUCUCUAGUAGACCAGUAAAUAAAUAACACAUCAGUGUCUUCUAGGUGGUGCUUACCAGGUUGACCUUUGAAAAAACAAAGCAUGGUUUGUGGCUUUUUGCAAAAUUACUGUGAACCAAAAGUUGACAAAUGUUCCAAAGUUAUUUUCUCCAAUAGAUAAAAAGGUCUAUUUCAGAAUUAAAAAAAAAUAAAUCUAAAUAUCUUUACAGACAGCAAGUAUUCAGUAUGACCAGCAUGUGUUUGUGCUAUUCAAAAUCUCAUGUAAAUAGUCUGCUUUUACGGGAGGGCAUGAUUAGUUUUCUAUGAAUUAAACACAUUCGUGUGUGACCACUUGUGCACACACAUUAGCAGGAGAAAGUUAUUUUAAUACUCUCUCCCCUCUGGCCUUCUGAAGUCUGUUGGUCCCUUUUUUCUGCUGUCGGUGUAUCAAACUGCAAACUGUGUACUGCUGUAAAUACUCCGUUUACUUCUUGCUGAAUAUUUGUAAAGAGUUGAUAUAAGUAUUAAUGGGAAUGAACUAAUGGGUAAAUAAUGGGCCAGAGUGUGUGAGGCUUCCUACAAAGUGGUCUGCAGCAUCUGGAGUGCUGAUUGCUGGGGAUGCAUCCAAUUCUACAGUGCCCAAACAGCAGCUUGCAAAGGUGGCGUGGAAGUGGACCGUUGAAGAAGUUCUGCUUGGUAGAAGAGGAAAGGGGUUUGAGGCUAAUGCCUGAGGCAGAGAGUGUUUUAUUUAUUUAUUCCUGUGGUAGUAGCAGUGGAGCUUAAAACACGAGCGUGCCCUUCCUUGAACUGCCUCGAAGGUGAGAGGAUGCACUGAGUAAGCAAAGCCGAUGCAGAGUAUUUCGCAAAAAUACUUUGUAAAUGAGGUGCCAGUAGUGUUCAAAGUUGUAUUUUUAAAAGAUAAAUAUUCCUUUUUUAUACCUCAGUUUGUGUUUUGUUUUGAAUAAAUUUCUAAGUGACCCUUUAGUAGAUUAUCUCAGUUUCUCCCUUUGUUACCAGGAUGUUGGAAGAAGAUGCUAGCCCUACUUGACAACUAGAAACAGCUUUCCUUAGUAGCCCAUUCCUGCCAAAGUUGGCUUCCCCUCUAGCACCCCACUGUGGCCCCAGAGGAAGCUUGGGUUAUUUUUACAGUAGCCUCCUCUCUGAAGCAUCUCUGUCAUCAACACAGUGGAAGAUGUUGAUUCACCAGCCUCAGGCUCCUAGAAUGCCUUCUUUCAAUAAUAUCUAGGAAAUUGAGGCAAAUUUUCCACUUACCAGUUAUUCCAUAUUUAAUUAAGUUAAAUAAAACUAAAUUUUAAGAUAACAGCUGCCCAACCUAAAUACCUCACUCUCCUUUACUUUAUUUAUAUUGCAAACUGUUUCUAUUGCACCUGGCACUUUGGUCCAGGGAGGUCUCUCAAGGUCCUGAAUGUACUAGCUGUGACGGUUAAUUUUGUGUGUCAACUUGACCACUUCUAUGGUCCCACACCAGUAUAGAGGUUGGUGUGAGGAUAUUUUUCAGAUGUGAUUAACAUGUAAGCCAAUUAACUUUGAGUAAAGUAGAUUACCCAUGAGAAUGUGAAUGGGCCUCAUCUAAUCAGUUAAAGGCCUUAAGAGGAGAAACUGAGGUCCCCUGAGUCAUGAAUUCUGCCUCCAGGAUACCUUCAGACUCAGAACUGAAAGAUUAACUCCUGCUGUCCUGCCAGAAAUUUCCAGCCUGCUGGCCAGCCCUCAAACUUGGCAGCUCCCAAAUGACAGGAGCCAGUUUCUUAGUUUCCCUCCCUCCCACCUCCUUCCCUCCCCCUCUCCUCAUCUCAUUGGUUCUGUUUCUCUGGAGAACCCUGAUUAAUACACUCCAGACUUGUUAUGAUGUAUAAGAACAGAGAUGUUUGCAUUCUACUACAUAAUCAAAUUGCAGCAACUGCCAUUUCUCACAAUUCUUUACAUUCAACAUCAGGAUUUAUUAAUGAAGCUAUUUUUCUUUCAAACUUCUCAGUGCUAUUUAUGGCUCUGGUGUUCCUCCAUAAUUUUGAAAUAUUGCUGUUUUGUUAUUUUUAUGAGAUACAGCUGUUAGAUAUUUGCCAGAAAAUAAUGAAUAGAAGUUUCCUCUUAUUUUACAAGUGGUUGUUUCAGCUCCCUCCCUCGUCCUGCGAUAUCUCUAGAUCUGAUUUUGUAAUAUUGCCAAGCUGCCUGUUAAGCAUCUUUAUGCAAAUGAAUAAGUUAUUUUUUAAAGAAAAUUAGACACAUAUCUGUGUUCCACGUUA